AUGGGGAACAGCCUGCGGUGCUGCCUAGCGUGCAUGCUCCCCUGCGGCGCCCUGGACGUGGUCCGCGUCGUCCACCUGAGCGGCCACGUGGACGAGUUCACCUGCCCGCUCAUCGCCUCCGACGUGCUCGCCGCGCACCCCAGCCACGCGCUCACCGCGGCGGGCUCCGCCGGCGCCGCCAGGAGGAUCGUCAUCGUGUCGCCCGACUCCGAGCUCAGGCGCGGCCGCAUCUACUUCCUCAUCCCCACCACCACGGCGCCCGAGCUGAAGCGGCCGAAGCAGCACGGCGCGUGCCCGGCGGCCAAGACCAAGAGGCGCCACGGCCACUGCCACCGCAAGAACGGCGGCGGCGGCGGGAGCGCGGUGGCCGCGGCGGCUAGCACGGCGGAGCAGGACAACUACCUGAGGGAGCUGCUGUCCGAGAAGCGGGAGACGAGUCACCGGCGGCGGCGCAGCAGCAGCGCGCGCGCCGGCGUGUGGCGGCCGCGGCUGGAGAGCAUAGCAGAGGAGGAGCCCUCGGACUAG